CAGCUAGCACAGAGGUCAGGAAUAGAUAAGGGAUGGGUGUAGUAGACUAAGGGUUUAGCUGGAGAUAUGAGGAUCGAGGAGCUUUGGAGCCAUAAAGGAGAGGCUGCCCAAAGUAUAUCUAUACGCUCUGAUCUUCAGCGUAACUGAAACAGAAUUUACAGCAUUAAUGGGGAUUAUUUCCACCAUAAAUGAAAAAUGGAGGUUCUGCAUAUUUGCAUGCUUCGUAGGCUCCAUCAUCCUGCUUUACUGUCUGAAUCAUGACCAGGACGGCGUAAACCUUUCGGCUUCCGGAAACAUUGCCAUAACCAUGACAUCGUCCGACGACUCGAAUCAACAUCCAGCAGCUGACAUGCAGUUCUUGCAACGAUCGAACAUAACAGAAAAUGGAACAAACGAAAACGAGAAGGAAGAUAGCUGCAAUAUCUUUGAUGGUAAAUGGGUUUAUGACCCAACGACAAGUCCUCUGUAUCAUGGAUCACAUUGUCCAUUUCUUAGUGACCAAGUUAGUUGCCAAAGGAAUGGCAGGCCAGAUUUUGAAUACGAAAAUUGGAGCUGGGAAGCCAAGAGGUGUCAGAUUCCAAGGUUUAAUGGUACAAACAUGUUAGAGAGACUUAAAGGGAAGAGAUUGAUUAUAGUUGGGGACUCCAUCAACAGAAAUCAAUUUGAAUCUCUAGUUUGCCUUCUUUACUCUGCUAUUCGUUCCCCGCAAGCUGACGUUGAUAUGAAGGGACGCUCCAAGUUUUUUAGAGCGAAGGAGUACAAUUGUUCUGUGGAGUUCUAUUGGAGCCCUUUUCUUGUGAAAUUGAAACGAAAGCAAGAACUUGGUGGCCGAAUUCUAAGGCUAGACAAACUUUCUGACUGGGAAAGGAGCUGUCGUGGUGCUAAUAUUAUGCUAUUUAACAGUGGUCAUUGGUGGCUUCAAGGUGGGAGUUUCAAAAGGUGGGACUUGUUUCUGUAUAAGGGAAAGGUGGUGGAGGAGAUGGAGAUCCAAUCCGCAUUUGGGAAGGCAAUGAAGACCUGGUCUCGUUGGAUUGAUCGCAACGUAGACAAGACCACUACAAAGGUUUUUUUCCGAAGCUUCUCACCAGCACACCUUGGGAAGGAAUGGUGCUACAAUCAAACCCAACCAAUCAAGGAUGAGUCCUAUGUAGCAAAAGUUCCCAGUCCGAUUGAAGAGAUCAUUGAGAAAACAAUUGGACGCAUGAGGACACCGGUGAGGUACUUGAACAUCACAAAACUAACUCAGUAUCGAAAAGAUGCGCAUACAUCAGUUUACACAAUAAGGCAAGGGAAGCUUCUUACGGCAAUGCAACGAAGACAACCAGAGUCCUAUGCUGAUUGCAGCCACUGGUGUUUGCCUGGAGUUCCGGAUACAUGGAACAGACUGUUGUAUGCAUCUCUGGUCAUGGACAUUCUCCAAUGACACAUUUACUUUUUAACUUCUGUUUCUUUGGUUUACAAAACUUAAAUUCAGAAUGCUGCCCAAUUGAGAAUGAGGUUUGGUGAGAAUUUAGAUCAAGAACUUCGUUCUA